GCACGGCCGAACGGGCGUUCGAAUCGCGACUCCCGCGUCAGUGCUGAAACCGCGUUCGCGGUCCACGGUUCACGAUUUCCGGACCCCGCCGGUUCUGUUUUUUCCUCACCCGGUGCACGGCAAGCAAAAAAAUUCACGCAAGAAGCAAGGACGGUCUCCAGGUUAUCCAGGAAGAGGACGUCGAACAGCGAACGUUUCGAGGGGCGGCCAUUAUCGAGUGUUCGAGAUCGCUCGUCACGGGAAGUCUGGCAACUAGAAAAAACGUAGCUUUUCCGAGGUGUUCGUUUUCCCGCCAGUUCUCGUCGCCGGUAAAAUGGCCGCGGUCGCGUCACCGUCAUCUCCGCGGACCUGGGCGUUCGAAUCACCUCGAAAGUAAAUCAAGACACGUUCAUCUCCGUCGCGACGAGACAGAAGACGAAGAGAAUCCACGCAGCUCUAGCUAUUUUUAUUAUGAAACUAGUGGACGACGUUGCACGGAGCGCCAACAAGGACGUGGCGGUGGUCUCGACACGGUGAGCUGUCGGGCAUAGAUUCCACGACGAGAGUUUCGCAUCGCGAAGUGAACGAUCAUGGAACGUCUACGGAGAGUCGCGGGAUCUGGCAAUUCGUGGGCGAGUGACGGUCGACGGCGACAGUAAGGAGUACGAUGAAUACGACGGAGCCGGUGGCCAGCCUGGAAACCCACCAGUAACGUGGUGCUGCACGUCAACUGAACUUUUACGUUCGUCGUGUCAGUGUUUAUUCAAUUAUCUCAAGUGCAGUUUUCAAGUGCAAUUACGCGAGAACGUGUAACAACACGGUGUGCAAUAAAGCAACGGUACGGAAACGAUUUCGGGGGAAUAGCGUCGAUUCGUCGCGGCGACGAGUAAGAAGAGCAAGGGAAGAGGGAGAGAGAAUAAUCUAGUCAGAAGAGAGACCCGUGAAACGGUUUAUAUUUUCAAGAAUAUUUCGUUUAUUCUCGCUGCCAGACAGACUCGAGGCUCGCGAACGAGAAUCACUGGGAGAAAAGGACGGACAGAGAAAACACGGCCGAAUCCGUGUUCACCCUUGACGGUGACUCUUGCUUGUUUACAUUACGCCGCGACUGUACCUGUCCUCGGUUGUAUUUGUGUGGCGCGUGCCAUCCAACUUCGACGCUCGUUCGAACGCUGCUCCGUUUACGUUUGUGUCGAGCUAGUGUUUGUUCGAACAUAGAUAGAUAUGCGAGUGUUUCGACGCGAGUGAGAUAUGCGGGGAAACGGGGACGAGACUGUCGACCGGGACGCGGUGAAUCUUCGAUACUAGCGAAGGAUUUUCGCGUGGACUCGUCGAGAGCUGAUCGACGUUUUGCGAAACGUUUUAGCCAGUCGGACGAGAAUCGGUGCCGGCUGUGCGACGCAAGUGAUAACCCAGUGACGCGUACGGGACCACGUGGCGCCCUCGGUGUCGAAAAAAAAAGGAUUUUUGAUUCGAGGAAGGAUUUUCGAGGAAUUCUCCCAACUGUCCAGUGAGAUAUGUAUCCGUGGUAUCGGGACAGCGUCGCGGCGGCGGCGGCAGCGGGUCUCGGGGGCCCCGUCGGAGUCGUCGGUUCCGGGUUCUGCUCCACCGGACCAGGACAAGCCGGCACCACGAUCAAGACCGAGAGCGGAUAUUCGGAUUGCAUGCUGGCCCUGGACUAUGUGCAGAGCAAGAAAGCCUCUUUCGCGUGGUCCGAGGGUGGUGAUGAGGGUGGCGGAGGAGGUGGCGGUGGAGGAGGAGGAGGCGGUGGUGGUGGCGGUGGUGGGGCUGGAACCGGAACCACAGGCCCUACGGCCGCUGGGGGAGGUGGACUGGCCCACUGGGUCAGCGUGAUGGCGGAACACAUCCACAAUCCCCACUCCGCUACAGGGGUUGGGGGUGUUCAUCAUCAGCAGCAAUCGCCACCUCAACCACCCUAUCCGUGGAACAAUGGUCUCUCCAGUGAUCAAUGCAACCCCCACGACAAGGAGAGCGACUACUGGGGCGGCGGCCGUGGCGCGAAACAAGGUUACGAGCACUUUCUGUUGCAGGCGAAAAUGAACGCGGACCACGGCCAGCUGCAGAAGGGAGAGGAUCAAUACCGAGGCGCCGGGGGAUCCAGCAGCGGAAGUCCGCCAGCGAGUUUGCUGGUGGUUCCUCAGCCUUUGACCGUGAAACCCUCUCAUCCGUCGCACCUGAACCCCCAUUUAGGCGGACCGCACUCUCAUCCACCCAGGAAGUACCAGUGCAAAAUGUGCCCCCAGAUCUUCGGUAGCAAGGCGGAUCUGCAGCUCCACACGCAGAUCCACAUGCGCGAGGCGAAGCCGUACAAGUGCACCCAGUGCUCGAAGGCGUUCGCGAACUCCUCGUACCUGUCGCAGCACACCAGGAUCCACCUGGGCAUCAAGCCGUACCGCUGCGAGAUUUGCCAGCGGAAGUUCACCCAACUGAGCCACCUACAGCAGCACAUCCGCACGCACACCGGCGACAAACCGUACAAGUGCCGGCAUCCAGGCUGCACGAAGGCGUUCAGCCAGCUGAGCAACCUACAGAGCCACUCCCGGUGCCACCAGACCGACAAGCCGUACAAGUGUAACUCUUGCUACAAGUGCUUCUCCGACGAGCCCAGCCUGCUCGAGCACAUACCGAAGCACAAGGAAUCGAAGCACCUUAAGACGCACAUCUGCCAGUACUGCGGCAAGAGUUACACCCAGGAGACCUACCUGGCGAAGCACAUGCAGAAGCACGCGGAGAGGACCGACAAGAGACCGCCCAUCAUCGGUACAGGGCUCAGGCCGUCCAUCCACGCGAUGGCCCACCACCAGGAUCACUACUGGCCGAAAGUGAGCCCGGACUCGGUGAUCAGCGAUCUCCACGAACGACUGCCCCACCAUCACACCGACUACCAUCAGAACCAGAACCCCGAGAUGCUGCUACCCGGCCACGGCCACCGCGGCGACUCCAUCGAGAACGACUCCAGGCAACAAACACCCCAGCCGGGCGCCAAUCAUCACCCCAACAGCAGCUCGGCGUUCACCCCGAUCUCCUCGAUCUCGAUAAACUCGAUCUCCUCCAUGCAGCACCCGUUGAACCCGUUGAACCACUUGCACUACCCGGGCAGCCAUCACCCAGCCUCCAGGCCGUACCUCUACGAAGCCUUCAACUCCACGCAAAAGUCCUCGCCAGCCUCGUCCUCGUCGGGCGUCACGCCUGGAACAACGACCAACCAGAACGCCACGUCGUUCCCCAACCAACUGAUCAGUCUACAUCAGAUCAGGAACUACGCGCACCAACCGAACUUGGGGAACCUCGGGAACCUCGGCAACCUGGGGAAUCUGAGCAACCUGAGCAACCUUAGCGCGUCGAUGGAGAGCCACGCUCUCCUCGGCGGGCUCAAGGAGAAACAGUAACUCCGGCUGGUCUUGGAGAUUAGGGGCGACUGCUAUUUCUCCUCGGUUUCUUCUUUCUUGGUGGCAUCCUCGUUCCUCCUGGACAGACCUGCGAUGAUUUUUAUCGAAGUGAGAGUGAGAAGUAACUAUUUGAAGUAAUUUAUUUGAAAGUAAUGAUACAGUCAGUCUCGUGGGAACUCGUACGCUCUGUGAAAGUGUUUGAAUUAAAUGAGGGGAUUACUAUCCAAGUAAGUUUUUCAUUAUAAAUGUUUACGUGGGUAAAGUUUAUUGUAGCGAAACAUUUAUUUGGAAAUGGUAAGCCUAUCGUUUAAUUUGAACACAUUUCUUUUAGGGUAGGAUGACUUAUUUGGGACUGACUGUAACGCCAUUUGAAAUAGUCGCUAUUUUAAAUGACGAGCUAUUUUUUUGUUUCAAUGGAAGAAAGAACCUUCGAAGUAAUAUCGUUAUUUGAGAGACUUUUAUCCGAGUUUGUCUAAUAUUGUAGACAAAAUGUGUUUACACGUUUAAAAUUAUCAACACGUUUCUUCUUAAUUUUUCAUAACAAACAUAGAUCCAUUCAAGAGUAUGAUUUUUUUUUUUUUUAACAAGAACUUUACGAUUAUUUCAAACAAUUACAAAAUCAAAUACAUUAUUUGACGUAAUAUUUCAAAUAAUGUUACUUCGAAAGUGCUCACAGGUGCAUACAUACAAUUAUUAGAUUUAGUAACAUCUUAUUUGAAACAACAUUUCAAAUACUAUCACUUCAGAAGUCCUCAGGUCUGCCCCUGGACAUCGUGCUCGAGACUGGACGCGAAAAGACGAAAGCACUAGUCGUUCGUCUUUCCCCUUGGUCGUCCAGGUGUCUCUCCACCUUCCGUUACCUUCUCCCGCGCCUAAACUACCCAGCUCUUCUCAGACCCGAUCCUAAGGACCAUUUUCGAACCUCCUCAAUUCGUUCCUGUUUAAUUUUUAAGCGCGGUGCCAGGGGGUGACUGCUCGCCAACCCUUUCGAAGUAACUCUCGAAUCAACCCUCUUUCCUAUUUUUUUUUUGUUUCGCUUAUUUUCAGUUUUAGUUUGGUCGAAGCGAUUUUUACGAGAGAAUUUUUAGUUCGUACAGAGUCGAAUUCGUUUCGAAGUCACGUCGUUUUUUCUUUUACGUUUUUAACCGGUCCCCUUUUAACCGCAACGCGAAAGGUCGAGGAAUCCCGUUUGAGUUCCCCGACGAUCGAGGGUACAGGUGGUGGCGAGGGGUCGAGAUCGGUUUCAGAAAAGGGAGCAUCGAUCUCGGAAUCGAACGCAAAUCGAUCGGUCGACUUUUAAUCGUUUUAGUGCUACCGGGCGUCCAUGCAUGAAGAGCAAAUAUUAGAAAGUCCGCUCGCCAAGCAGCGGUAUCGAUUCUACGGCUGCUGCUCGAUCGUCGCAGGCCCACGAAUCGGCGUGAUCGAUCGCGAUCGCUGGUCAGUCGCUGAUUAACUUUCACGUUUCGAAGUUAGUUGGAAAGUAACGAAUGAUUACUCGGUGUUACCGCGUUUCUUGGUAAUCAUCGAUGCUCCUGGAGCGAAUGGUCACCCUGGAGGGGAUGAUCCUGGCACCGAAACCCUUCAGACAUUAUUUUGGGGAACGUCGAGUUCCAAGCUUUCUUCGUCCUUUCCCUGACGAUCUCCUUAGGUUAAUUGCAAAGCUGAAAGCCUUUUUUGAUUCGUCGUCGAAUGGUCCCAUCGACGGUGUGAAUGCUUGGAUACUGUUUUCGAGUUGGUGGAGAUUUUAGUUCCUUUUUAAUGUCGUUUGUUCGAGAAUGCAUAGUCCCUGGAGGAGCUAUCGGGGUUGGAUCGUGGACAGCAUUCGUAUCUUAACGCUUUAUUUACCGAUCUAUUUAGAAACAAUUUACAAGAGAUAAAAGGAUUUUUUAGAUUAUAUAUAUUCUCUUUUGCAUUUUUGUGUCUGGAACAAAGGGACCCGCUUGGUUUUGGGAGAGGAGCUCCGGUUUUAAUCACUUUGUAGACUUUCAACGUGCAACCUUUGUUGCAAUGAUGUAGCUGGGGAAAAUUGUGUCCGAGGAGAUUGUUAGAGAUUAAUCUUUGGAUUCCAAACACGUUAUUAUUGCGUUGAACUAGUCAAAUUAAUCUUCCGAAACAGUAAUGACGGGUUCGUCGACGUAACUUUUAAACUUGAGGAUUUUAUCAUGGUCUGGAUCUUAAUUCUAGGUGUUAUCGAAAGUGAUCCACAGAGUCUACUAUAAGACAUUCCAUAGAGCCUACCGUAGAACAUUCCAUAGAAAUCAGAAUAAAUCCUCCCUUAUCAAGCAAGUCUGUCGACUUUACCCCGAGACCAAUCGCCACAAAGCUACCAAUCUCCUCCAGAGGACACCCCUUCGACAGAUUCCGCGUAAAACAUUGAAAGUCGCGAAUCGAUGGGACCGACGGCGUUAAUUCCGUUCUUUUCACGUUCCUGCCUCCUAGGAGCACUGUUCGUAAGGGAGAAUAGCAAAAGUCAGGAGAAAUCGUGCCGUGAAGUACAGCUAUUUUCCAAGGGGUGGCUCUCAUCCCUGUCGACGGGGGGUGGGCGCACCUUUCUGGGUCGAGUGGACGUUUCGCUCGCAACGGGAUAAUUAACGAAGAGUAUGAGAGCGCGAGACUCGCGUGUGCGUGUGUAUAUGUGUGUAUGUGUUUCGGUAGAGAG